AUGCAGAGAGUGAGCUUUGAAGUGUCAGGCUAUAACUCCGACGCCGAAGCCGGAAGCAGCGGUUUCAUGAGUGGUCCGAUGAGUGGUCAAUUACCGCCGAUCUACAAAAAAACAGCGAUGAAGAACACCGGAUUCGCGGCGGAGAACAGCCAGAGGACGCGUACGGCGGCGGCUCCAUACGUAGACCUCACGGUAGAUGUCCAAGACGACGGUGUGUCUGUGCACAGCCUGAGAAUGGCGGGAUCGGAAUCUGGAUCAUCCAGCGUCGAAGAGAGUCCGGAGCUCACGCUUCUGAAACGAAACCGCCUCGAGAAGAAAACGACGGUGGUGAAGCGUCUUGCCUCCGUUUCUCACGAGCUCAAGCGUCUGACGUCGGUCUCCGGUGGCGGUGCGAAAAAGCCGUCUCGUGGCCAGGCUAAGUUAGACCGGACGAAAUCCGCCGCCGCUCACGCGUUGAAAGGACUUAAGUUCAUCAGCAAAACCGACGGCGGCGCUGGCUGGUCCGCCGUUGAGAAACGGUUCAAUCAGAUCACCGCCACUACCGGUGGAUUACUGCUUCGCACAAAAUUCGGUGAAUGCAUAGGUAUGAAUUCGAAGGAGUUUGCAUUGGAACUGUUCGACGCAUUGGCUAGGAGAAGGAAUAUAACAGGGGAAGUGAUCGACGGAGAUCAAUUAAAAGAAUUCUGGGAACAAAUCAAUGAUCAAAGCUUCGAUUCUCGUCUCAAGACAUUCUUUGACAUGGUGGAUAAAGAUGCUGAUGGUAGACUUACAGAAGACGAAGUUAGAGAGAUUAUAAGUCUUAGUGCAUCUGCAAACAAUCUCGUCACAAUCCAGAAAAGAGCAGAUGAAUAUGCAGCAUUGAUCAUGGAAGAGCUUGAUCCUGACAAUAUAGGCUACAUCAUGUUGGAGAGUCUUGAGACGCUGCUUUUACAAGCAGCAUCACAGUCUGUAAUCACAAGCACGGGCGAGAGAAAAAACCUGAGCCAUAUGAUGAGCCAGAGGCUUAAACCAACGUUUAACCGGAACCCGUUGAAACGAUGGUACCGUGGUUUAAGAUUCUUCGUGCUUGACAACUGGCAGAGAUGUUGGGUUAUAGCGUUGUGGAUCACGGUGAUGGCUAUACUCUUCGCGUACAAGUACAUCCAAUACAGACGUAGCCCUGUGUAUCCAGUGAUGGGAGAUUGUGUGUGUGCGGCUAAAGGUGCAGCAGAGACGGUGAAGCUUAACAUGGCUUUGAUUCUCUUGCCUGUUUGUAGAAACACCAUCACUUGGCUUCGGAAUAAAACCAAGUUGGGUCGUGUUGUCCCAUUUGAUGACAAUCUCAACUUCCACAAGGUUAUAGCGGUGGGGAUUAUAGUCGGAGUAACGAUGCACGCUGGAGCACAUUUAGCGUGUGAUUUCCCGAGGCUACUAGAGGCGACUCCGGAGCAGUAUAGGCCUUUGAGAGAGUUUUUCGGAGAGGAGCAACCGAAGAGCUAUUGGCAUUUUGUGAACUCGGUGGAAGGUAUAACCGGACUAGUGAUGGUACUGUUGAUGGCGAUUGCUUUUACGUUAGCCACGCCUUGGUUUAGAAGAGGGAAGCUGAAUCUUCCGGGACCGUUAAAGCAAUUAGCUAGCUUCAAUGCCUUUUGGUACACUCAUCAUUUGUUCGUCAUAGUCUACGCUCUUCUUGUUGCUCAUGGAUACUACUUGUAUCUCACUAAAGACUGGCAUAACAAAACGACUUGGAUGUAUUUGGUGGUACCGGUGGUUCUAUACGCGUGUGAGAGGUUGAUAAGAGCAUUCAGGUCGACGAUCAAGGCGGUGACUAUUAGGAAAGUAAUGGUUUAUCCGGGAAACGUUUUGGCGUUGCAUUUGUCAAGGCCUCAAAAGUUCAAGUACAAGAGUGGUCAAUACAUGUUUGUUAACUGUGCUGCUGUGUCUCCAUUCGAAUGGCAUCCAUUUUCAAUCACUUCUGCGCCACAAGAUGAUUAUCUAAGUGUUCAUAUUAGAGUUCUUGGGGAUUGGACACGAGCUCUCAAAGGAGUCUUCUCUGAGGUGUGUAAGCCGCCCCCGGCAGGAGUUAGUGGUCUGUUGAGAGCCGACAUGUUGCAUGGUGCAAAUAAUCCCGACUUCCCGAAAGUCUUGAUCGAUGGUCCGUACGGUGCACCAGCACAAGACUACAAAAAAUACGAGGUAGUUCUACUCGUUGGUCUCGGAAUCGGAGCCACGCCAAUGAUCAGUAUCGUGAAAGACAUUGUCAACAACAUCAGGGCCAAGGAACAAGCCCAGCUCAACCGAAUGGAGCACGGAACAAGCGACCCACAACAACGAAACAAGAAAGAGAGUUUCAGGACGCGUAGGGCUUACUUCUACUGGGUCACGCGUGAGCAAGGCUCAUUCGAUUGGUUCAAGAACAUAAUGAACGAAGUCGCUGAACGAGAUACUAACCGAGUCAUCGAGCUGCAUAACUAUUGUACAAGCGUCUAUGAAGAAGGUGACGCUCGUUCCGCCCUUAUACAUAUGCUUCAGUCACUAAACCAUGCAAAGAACGGCGUUGAUAUUGUCUCUGGAACACGAGUUAUGUCCCAUUUCGCUAAACCUAACUGGAGAAAUGUUUACAAACGCAUAGCCAUGGAUCAUCCUAACACUAAAGUUGGAGUGUUUUAUUGUGGAGCACCGGCAUUGACAAAGGAGCUAAGGCAUUUAGCUUUAGAUUUUACCCACAAGACAAGCACCAGAUUCUCCUUCCACAAAGAGAAUUUCUAA